AUUACGAUCGACAUGGACUCCUAGCAUCCUCGUUUCAACCCCGCUGUUCAACACGUCCCUGUCGCGGUCCUUGGUUCCGAAUCUGCGGUCCGAGCAUAUCCUUCCUGAAUCUGCGAAUAGCUAAUUUUUUCUUAACUCUUGUUAUUCUACUCCGCUGCCGUUUUGAUUGUUCAAGCGAAAGUACGGUAAUUCUGCCGGGUGGUGGAAAAGCAGAUGCUGGCUUCUGAGGAGGAACAAUGGUCUCAUUUUUCGGGUUCAAGAUUGGUGGUGAGAAAAAGAAGAAGCCGGCAAAUGACAUAGAUACCUCACCAACCCAACUACGCAGAAAACAUGACCGAGAGCCCAUAGAGGAUGGUCAAGUUCCCAGUAGGGAAAUUGGGAAAAAUAUGCCUUCGGGUGGAAAUGCCCUUUCGGCCUCGCGCCCCGAUACGUCGCAUUCAUAUAAAGUCACGACUUCGAGGCCGAAACUUUCUCCCUAUAGCUCACAUACUAACAACCUUGGGGCUAUGAGCAUGUCCGAAUUGUCUCAAUCAAAUCAUCCUGGCCUCAAGCAAUAUGCGUCGAAUCCUAACUUAGGCACAAAUCGGUUCAAUGCCUCAACUUCGGACUUAGUACCACCCGUUCCCGUGCGAAAUCCUUCCCGGCCGGCCACACCCGUGAAGCAGCAAACAAUCUGGAUGAAUCCUCUUGAGAUGCAUUCCACCAAGGUUUGUUCGCCAGCCCUGAUGUCUGCGCCAAAAUCACCUAUGGGACAGUCUGCACUCAGAGUAGAUACCACUACCGAUUCGCCUCCACGCUUUGCCAGCGAUGGCGACGACAAUGACGACGAACCGAAAUACCCAGUACCCUUACGGAUAAGGAAACCGAGUCCAGCCCCACAUUCCACCGAGUCUUCUAAUAGGAAUCCUUCACCAAGGAAACCCCCAUCUCCGCCGCAAUCUAUUAAGGAUACAGAAAGCCCGGUUCUCGGACGUCCGGCAUUUCCCAAGGAUGAUUUCCGGCCAUCGAGUAGAGGCAGCCACAGGAACGUGACAACUAAUCUCAAGGAAGUUCAGAACGCCAGGGACAUGCCAAACUUUGGACCAACGUCGAUCCCGUCUCCUGUAUCGACACCACGUGGUAGCGAGGAUAAACCUACAGAUAGCAUGAUGACGAACCUAUGGGGUGAACCGGUGAUUCAGAUGGUUAGGGCUAGGCGCGAUACUCUGACAUCGAUUGCGCCGAGGAGGCGUAGCUUGGAGAUGAAGGUGGAGGAGCUUGAAAGGAUGCAAGCUGAAGAGGCAGCGGCAGCGGCUCAAAGGCCGAAGACGUCUAAUGAACCCCAAACGCGGAAGCUCAUGCGGCCUCCGCCCUUGAAUCUGAAUCCCCGUCUGAGGACACCUGAUCGUGCCGGAACGUAUCCGCCUGCCGCUCCAUAUAUGUCGGAUCGACCGCAUACUCCCACUGGCCAGGGUACACGUAGCAAAUCCACGAGGGAAAGGACAGGACCACCCCCAGCCGCUGUAGGAGCGCAUGGAAGACCUGGCCGACCGAAUACCAGGAACGUACGGCGGCCCGCUGCCGAUGAAUAUGUGAUCCAAUCUCAUCACCACCACCAUCAUCCCCAAACUCAACCACAUCCGCAGCCUCAAUAUCAAAGCCAAAGUCAAACCCAUUCUCGCGGAGCAUCUCAAGACAGUUCUAGUCGGCCGCCUUCUCCUGACAGUCCUUUGAUGCCACUUUCUGGUCCACUCGCUAGUCUAGUCUUCUCGCCAAUCGAAUCACAAUUAGCCCCACCGCCCCUCAAGAAUGCUCGGUCACUCCUACAGCUGCAGCAACAACAGCAAGAGAUCGAAGCCUUGGAAGAGCCCCUCGCUAUGCCGCGCUUAGGUCACCGAAAUGUACCUACACCCGAUUCCUCAGAUUGGCCCCUGCCAUCUCCCACAGCAUCUUCAUUCGACGCAGCCUCCAUCUCCCAGUCCUACCGAGCAGAGUCGCCAUUCCUCAUCAACGGCGCCAGCACAGGAGCAGGUAUGGGGGGUAACUACUACCGCUCCGAAUCACCCAUCCCAGGCUGCGAAUCCCCACUACCAACGCCUCCCCGUGUCCUUCCCCAAGGUGUCGUAGCCCCACGCUCAGAUUCUCCUUUCGGUAUCCGGUCAUUUAAUUUCAGUCGACCUAUGACGCCGACGUUGGACCAGCCACCUUUACGACGGGAUUUCAAUGGAAGCUCUUCGAAUCUUAGCCAGACUUAUGUGAAUCACGGCUAUAAUAGUAGUAACUACGGCGGUAAUAGCGCGGGCCCGGCAUCACCGUUUGCGCCAAAACGCUCUGAAACCGUACCCUCGCCUGGAUACCGGGAGCCGAGUACACCGUCACGCACAACACGCGCAAAUACUGUGGGUUCGAGCAGUAGCGGUCGCGGACUCCGGAGCCCGGCGAUUGUGGGUGAUGAUUUCGGAGGCGGGUUUAUUUAGUCCUAUGUCCUUUCAUUUCCAAUCAUUUACCUUCCCUUCUACUUGCUCCUGGGUUAGCAAGAAAAAUGUAGGGCAUGGCAGGGUAGGACAGGACAGGAACGCGGGCGGCAUCGGAAUCGGGUUUCUGAAAGCAUUUGCUGGGCAGCAUUAGCAUUCGUUUUGUCAUUUCUCAUCAUCUGCGUCUCCUUUGUCUACCAAGCUUUCAUCGCAUCGCGUCGCCUAUUCGCCAUUGCAUUUUUAUUGCAUUUGCAGCCGAGAUA